AUGUUUUGCACACUAAAGCGCUCCAAGGAAGCGGGCAUGGCAUACUCGGCAAAGGAAACCGAUCCUCCCUUUGCGAAGCCGAAAGGCCACUACGUUGUAGCGUGCACGAACUGCAGAAAAAGCAAGGUAAAGUGCUCCGGCGAGCCCCUUAGGUGCCGACGGUGCGCGGGCAAAAAGUUGCAGUGCGCUUACCUCGGAGUCGGAGGACAAUCUGCGCCCUCUCCCACGCAGGACCAGCCUUUACAAAGCGAGCAAGACACAGGUUGUGAUGCCAGCACCAACGAACUUUUUGCCGGGAGCAGUGAUGCUUCUGGCACGACUCCCGCUUUCCGAAGCUCCAGUCCGUUAACAUCUGCCGCUGCAGAAUCUCUUUCUCUUCAAAACUACAGUGAGACCUUCUUAUCAACAUCCAGCGACGUUUCCCUCCCCCGCGGCUCGCAGCUUUCCCAGACAGGCAUCGUCGCUGGUGACGCCGACUUUGGCAACUUCCUCAACGACGACAUGUGCCAGCUCACAGACUACGAGGGCGUAACGCAAUUGGGCCACCAGCCUGAACACUGCUUCUUGCAGGCAUUAAAGGCCUUUGAAGCGACACAGGUGAACCUUGUCUGGGCUAGCGAUAGCCGCUCCGCAGGUGCUGUGGAGCUUCUGAGCCAUCUGAAGCAGGCAGUCAAAGAUGGCGAGGCACUGCUCGACUGCUACGUGUGCAUGCAAAACUCGGCAUACAUCAUGAUGCUGAUAAGCAUGUGCGGCCACAUGGCUGCGGUGCUGCAGGCCGUCUCUGCCGGGUCCGAGGCUAGGCAGCGGGAUGCAGCGCUAGGGGCCAAGGCAAGACAGCCAAAAUCACACUCUGACUAUGAUUACAAUUGGAGAAUGAGAAAGCAGUCCCUGGAUGAAGAUGAUGAGCACAUUAUCCUGACGAGUCUUCGCUCUUCAAGAGCGGCCAAGGUGAAGGAACUCGUUAUUCGUGUCGAAACGCUAGUCAUGGCGCAAAGCUGGCCGGCUCACAGGGACAUGAUCAAGGACAUUAGAGACAAAUUGCAUUCUCAGGUGGAAUGA